AUUAAUGAAUGCAAGGAAGGUAUCCAUGACUGUCAACAAGGUAUUACUCUGCAGUUAACUGUUGUUGUCCUUAUUGCUCCAACGAAGUUGCGUGAUAAUUUGCAGUAAUUUGUUCAAAUUCUCUCUAUAUACAAUAAUAAUAUUAUUAUUGUUUAUGGAGUGAAUUUGAACAAAUGAUAUUAUUAUUGUAUAUUGUCAGUAGCCGGCUCCUAAUACUGUAUAUAGAGUGAAUUUGAACAAAUUACUGCAAAUUUUCACGAAACUUCGUUGGAGCAAUAAGGACAACAACAACUAACUGCAGAGUAAGUUUCAUUGAUCUUUAUUUAGCAUUUCCUAGAAAAUGUAGGAAGGUAUUUUUACCCCAUACAAACACUGUAAUUUUACUGGAACCGUACUGUGAUACUUUCACAGAGCCUGGGUUACCUGUGGUAUCAUUAGAAUUAUUUCAGCUCGCAGGCUGAAAUCAGAAAAGGAAAAAAACAUUGCCAAAUUUGCAGUAUUCUCUCACGCACUUACUAGUAUACAGAUUUAAUACUAGUAUUCUCAUGGAGGAAGCUUUUUCGUUAGGUGCAUUGACAACUCGUCGAAACCGGCUAAUUUUUCGUUAAAGGAGUAGUAUCAAACUAAUCGCAAGGAGUCGGCAAACGUAGCGCUCGAUGACCAAAGGAGGCGGGUUGAAGAGAAUUAUAAGAUGAGAUUGAAAACCUGGAAAAAAGGGUGGUAAUGUACUUGCAUACCAAGUUGGAAACAGACGUUGUAACAUAUUAUCAACACUACAGUUGUCAAAUGUUAUUUGUUUUUCCUUCACUCUCAUUCCAAACUUUUUUUAUACAGUACAUUAGCUCUGUUGUUUAUUUAGACACAGAAAACUGUGCUGCCCAGAAGCCACACCGUUGUCCGCCAAACUCAGAAUGUGUGAAUGAGCCUGGUUCUUACCGUUGCGACUGCAAAGAUGGGUUUGAAAAGGUUGGAGCUACAUGUAAAGGUAAGCAUCGUGAUUAAAAAAAAGUGGCUGUUUUCGUACAAUGAUAGAGAGAAGUCGCGUCAUGUUGACAUGGUAGCAAAAUUUUUGGAUGACAACAAAUCAGAAACGUCACUUAAAAAGGGAAUUGGCACUGUUUCAAACUUAAUCGAUCUUACUCAGUUUCAUUCAAUUUGUUAAAUUUUGGCGGAGUUCUUUUGGGGUUGGAGUGGUUGCAAAAGUGCCGUAUCUGAGUUUAGAAAAAGAAAAAGAAAAUGUUUGUGCUGUGUUCACCAACUCCAUAGAGCGGGAACGUGAAAUUUUUAAGUUCCAUGUUGGAAGAAAAAGAUCAUGGUGCACGCGCAACGUGGUUGUUUUGCUAAUAUAUACCUAUCGAUUUUCUGCCGUUCUCGUUGUUGUCGCCGUCGUCCUUGCUUUAAAAGCACUAUAUCGUUGUGAUCCAGAAUUUUUGCUACCAUGGCAACGUGACGUCACACUUCUUCUCUCUAUUAAUAUCUUAGUUUAAUGUUCUUUUAAACUGUUAUUAAAAGGUGUUUCCUUUAUUUCUCACCAGAUGUUGAUGAAUGUCAGUCCGAUAAUCGGUCGUGGUGGUGUACGCCUGAACAUAACAGGGAAUGCAUCAAUACACCUGGCUCUUUUCGCUGUGGGUGCAUUCUUGGGUUUGCUCCACAUGGUAAACAUUGGCAGUGUAAAGGUUAGGAAAGAAAGAGUUUCAUUUCACAUGUCUUCAUAAAAGGGCACACCUCACCUUUCCCAGCACCGUGAUGAAAGACACAAAAAUAUAAUAAAAUGGAACUAGCUUACUGUCGAGUCUCUUGGAGGGAGAUAUUCGAAGAUCCAGACUUGUUAUUAAUAUGACUAUAAUUAUGUUUAGGGAUAUUCACUAUCAUUAGCUUCGACUAGAAGCUACAGUCGCGACAAAAUUAGCUCGGACACUCCACCCGACGCCUCUUUUUCCUUCUGGCCGGUGUCCUCGUCCUCACAAUGUUGUUUAUCGCACUGUUAACUCACCAAAUCUUGAACGCCAACAUUGGGAGGGAAAGAAGACCGUAUAAGUAAAGUGUCCCAAAAAUUUAGACUGAGACUGAAACUAUAGUUCUACAUGCAUCUUCAUCAACUUAGGAGGCUCAAGAUGGAAGGGGAGGGCUAAAAAAUUAAUGUCAGUUGUCAGUUGAGUAUCUAAAUUAACUAAGAGCCUUAAAUGCCGGUUUUAAGUUAUCUUUAAGUUAUCGAAUGAAUGCAAAAUGGAUAUUAAAAAACUUGUUCUCACUAAGCAGUUAAGCUAAGAGAUAAACAUGCUUAAUAACAAAGUAAUAAUAUUUGCUCUGCGAUCUUCCCCUUAAAAGGAUCAAGAAAAGGAGAGCACAACGUUCCGAGUGCGUAUUGCUAGUAUUAAUUGCAGUAAGGUCCACUGGAUACACACGUAACCUUAUAAAGCUAUGAUUCGUUGGUUCGAAUUUCCUUAACCGUGAAAAGCGCAAUUCGAUCCCCUCUGUUUUGGUGAUUUAUUUCCUCGGUGGUCCUUUUUCGUACGGCUAUCUGAUGUUGCGGUUUUUCCUUUUAUCGUGGGCAUUUCUAUUGCGGAGGCGCAGAAUUCUCUCCCAGCGAAACGUCACUAGAGGUGAGGAGCGAGGGGAGACGGCUCUUUUAGCUGAAGCUACCAACUUAACUGGGGUUACAUUUUGUUGGAUUUCCCUCCUAAUCAGUUGCGAGGGACUCUUUCGUACAGUUUGGUUGGAUGGAAUAUAUGAAACUGAUGGCGAUAGAGCCUCUGCUCUGUCCUCGGUUGUAUGAUGAGGACAAGUCCUUAGCCUAAAAUGACGAUUAUCAUACUUGUCCUCGAAAACUUUCAAUGGCGUUUCUGUAUCAUCAGUCAUAGUGCUAAUUGGUGCAAAGGCAAGACGCUGCAUGAGCCCACAACCAGUAAAUUCCAAGCCACUUGUCUGUUCAGGAUAAAAGGACGUAAUGUGGGUGAAAUACUUUGCUCCCCAUUUAGUAAUCCUUUUCGAUGGCUACUUUGUCAUCAAUGCAAAAUCUCGGGUAUAUAAUACGUUUCAUGCUCAAAAUGAGACACCACAUAGACACCGAUCAUGGAUAUUCUCUACAAAGUUUGCGAGUAAAGCACAUUUUUUGUCAUCAUCAAUUUUUGUUGUCGACUAAAUUGCGGCUGUUCAGAACAAGUGAUUCCACACUGCCGUGGUUUACGUCUUAAAGGCAUUGCAGAGAGAAAAUAGUUUGUGACUAUCUAAACGAUCACAAUUCAGACCCUCUAACAGUAGAACAAGGCUAAUGUCACAGGUUGCUGUGUUAGGACCUUCAUUUUCUCUUGCUAUUAGCAAAAAAUAUUCCACUGCGGCUAUCGAGAUAUGACAUUUAAAAUAUACAUAGGUUGUAUUUUGCUGGGGAGUCUUCAUUGUAUUCAUGGAACUUGCCCUUCUGUGAAAACUUUAGAAUGCCAAUAUGCCCUGGGUAUGGAAAGCGGCAACAUUUCUGAUGGACAGAUAAGUGCCUCUUCUGAGUGGAAUACCAGUCACCUUGCGGACCAGUGCCUGGUUGCUACUACCUAUUACGCCAAUCAGUGGGAUGCCACCCACUAUGCCCACCAGGGCAGACUGCAGUUCAAAGCAGACGGAGUCAGAGGGGGCGCUUGGUCAGCAGCUGAAAAUGACGUUAAUCCAUGGCUCCAGGUUGACCUGGUCAGUAAUUUUACCAGAGUUACCGGUUUAGCUACCUAAGGACGAGAUGACUAUGACUGGUGGGUCAUAGAAUACAAGUUACUGUACAGCAGUUACCAAAAUUCAAACUUCGAAAACUACAAAGAAAUGGGACACAUGGUAGCGAAGGUAAAUACUCCUUUAUUGUUUUUUCCUAGUACUAGGGUCAUGGAUUAACUCUGUCAAAAUCCAGAUAUACGAAGAUGCAUUUAAAUGUACCCUUGUAUUUUUUUGACCAUUUCUCUUUAAAAUUGAACAAGCUGAACGUCUAGUCUGGUUGGUGUCAAGUGCGGGACGAGGGUGGGACUGGGUAGGGCUUCUUCUCGUAUUUCGAGCAACUUUUUUUUUCCUUUCGAGCAACUGUUUGCAUUCCGAGCAAUUUCCCUAGUUAUCUUCUAAUUGUAAGAUAUAGGAGCAGCCUUUAGAGCUUAAAUUGGCCUUUCUUCCUUAUUUCGCAAUGUUUUAGUAGACAAUUUAUGAAUUUCCUGUAAAAAAAGGAGCCAAGUCCUCCCCCCCUGGAGCAGAUAAGAUAAGAUAAAUAUAUAUAAGAUAAAACCAGCCGGGUUGCAAGGUCAGCGGUAGUAGUGGACGAAGAUUCACAUUCGACUGACUUGAGUGUCUUGGGUGAAGAAGGUUAUUCAACAAUUUCAUUGGCUCAUUACAUUUUUUGUUUUUGUUGAGGAUAAAGUUAUUUAGCAACGCUGGUUACGCCGCAGAAUUGCAUAAAAAUGCUUAGAAAUCUUACAUUUGUCGUUCAAUUUGCAUAUUUUAGAAAAGGUUUUGUUUUUUCGAGCAACUUUCGAUACAAAAAGCAACUUUGAUUGUUUUUUGAGCAACUUUUGAGCAGUUUUUUGAGAAAUUACGAGCAGCUUUUAGGAAAAUCUCGAGCAACUUUGUGGAAAGCCCUCAGAGUGGGUACUUGUCAAAAAAUUGCGAAAUUAACUAAAACUUUAGAAAAAGGUCGUGUUGCUCACCAAAAUGGUUUGAGGCUAGUUAUCAAGGUUAACUUAAUGUUCCUUUUUCUUGUAUUGAGCUGGUAGCCCAACCCUUAACCACUUGGAUUGUAUCAGAAGCGUAAAAGCACUGCUGGUGUUGGACUGUGUGUGUGGCCGACUGUGCUUUCGCGGUAUAACGUUCGGCACACAGUAAGCUUUCUAAGAAGCUCCCACAUCUCUUUUAAGCAUUAUCUCCAAUAUAAUUAUCUUAAUUAAGUAAGCUUCCCUCUCAUUUGCGUACGGUACGAAGACAGCAAGGACUAAUGUUACUGUCGUUAAUACUCCUAUGAAAUGAAUUAUAUUUAUCAUGGUUGCCACUCCUGACCAGUUUUUUGUCUGUUUGCUACGCUGGUUGAAAAUACAAAGUAUACUUCCAAAAUAGAAAAAUCACCACCAACGUUUUCCAAAACCAGUUACCAUAAUGCACGCAGAAACUAUAACGACAUUAAAAAAUACUUUAUUCAGAGACUUAAAGGAAGGCAACCAUUAAACACUUCAAGGUAAUCCAGGGCAGUCUUGGCUUCUGUUUUUCAAGCUGUGGAUUCCGGAUUCCAAGUACUCAAUUGCGGAUUCCUUGUUGGUGGAACUUGGAUUCCCAUUCCAAUCGUUAGCGGAUUGUUUUACCUGAAUUCCCACAAGUAUAGGAAAUACCAAUGGAACAAUGAACCUCUCUCUGAUAUCGUGGAUCUCAUUUAUUUGCAGGUAUUUGCUGGAAACAAUCUGGCAUUGUGACGACAAGCAGUAUUGGACUGGUUCGUAUAAUGCUCAGCAAUGUAAGCAAACUUCGGCUGUUUUACCGUGUUGGUGUAUAGUCACUCUGAUCUCGACAUACCAACAAUACCAUUCUUACCCUCUUGUCAUUGCUAAUAUUUAAGGUGGUAUAUUUACCAGGCCCGUGUGCUAGAGAGGGGAGGAUUGGUUGGAUUUGAUGAACACCCCUGUCUCAUUGUCUGGAAAAGUCCAGUCCGAAAGAAUUCAGAAAAAAACUAUUUCUGGGAUGAUAUGGAGGGAAGUCAUGCGCAAGCGGCACGCCAAAAGCAGACGCAGAAAUGCUUAGGGCUCAUAAACGAAGAGCCCUGAGAACGUUGCUUGGUGACUGAGGGAGAGCCCACUUUUCCUGCACUCUUGUUCGCGCGUUCUCUUGCGGCUCGCUUCUUUCGCCAAUUGAAAGGGUGAGCUUGCGAGCUCCAUGCUCGAUAUAAAUAAAUAAGAAAAAGCUUCCGUUUCUUAAAAUGUUCUAAGCUUAAUCUCCUCUUUCUUCUCUGGUCCCCGGACGAAUUUAUGCUGCCAUUUAAUGGGUUUUAUUAGAACCGUUGUUUUGUCUGUUAGCCUUUAUAGAGAGCAAAAAGGUCUCAAUAAAAUCCUUACAUUGGGCAUAAAAAAGCCGUUCUCUUUUAAAAGGUCAACAUGCUUAGGUUACAGAAACAAUCGUCUUGUACUUCGAAGGUUAAGCAACAAUAUUUUAAAAUGCGAGGCACAUUUUUUCGAGCUUGGCCACGCCAUGAUGGUAGCCAUGAUGGUAGCCAUGACUGUCACUCGGAUGCCACCUGUAAAAACACCGUUGGCUACUUUACAUGCAAUUGUACAGACUGAUACAGCGGAGAUGGACGCAAUUGUGAAGGUAGCGAUCAGUUAAAGCUCGAAUGCAGCUGUCAAACUCCUAAAGGAGUUCUUAUUCUCUCUGACACACUGUUAACAAAACUUUGAUUUUUUUGGUUUACAGGGGUGUUACAUAAUCAAUCUUGCGCAUGCGCAGUGCAUACACUUACGCACAUGUUUCUCUGCGACCGAGCUUGUGGUCAUAGAGAGUCGGAGGAUUAUUAAAAACAAGUGUUUCAUGGUGACAGAAGCGGGAUUAGAAAAAGCUAAGUAG